AUAAGACAGUGUGUGCCAAACUGCUCAGCCAUUCUUCCUACUCUGCCUCCACUGCAGGAGAAGGAGAGAGAGAGAGAAAUAGACGGAGCAGCAGCUUCCCUCUCCUCCGCCCAAAUCUCGCAAAUCGUUCUGCGCAAUUCCAUCUCAUUUACCAUGGACCCUUCCAUCCCUCAAAAUCUCGAUGACUACUCACCAUCCUCAACCACCAUAAAAUUCGACUACCCAAUUCCCCUUCUCAGGGGUCCCAUACACGCCGGCCCAUCCGAGAACCCUUCCUCCGGCCCUUACGUUCUCGCUUUCCGAAAUCCCCAAUCCUGGGCCGCCGCCUACAAGACCUGCGAGUCGAAAAUUAUCGAGCAGUGCGAGGGUGGGGCCAGGAUUGGGUGUGCCAUAGCCGCAUCCGACAAGUGUAAGCCCCCAUGGUGGCACAAUUUGAUUGGAGGGAAAUUGCCUGAUUUGAAGGAGAGAGAGAUGUGCGAGGAACGCGAAAUGGAAGGCUGUUUAGCUGCAGCGAAGGAGAAGUGCAUUUGGUUCGCCAAGGACAAGUGCUGGAGGCCGUUCAGCGAGGCGAGAAUUGCAGCCGAGGAAGGGACAGUGAGUGAAAAAAUGGUUAGAAAAUUAGUAUGUUUAGUGUCAAUGCCAGAGAGGAGCAAGUGGGCCGGUCUGAUUGAAUUCGAUGAAAGUGAGUUUGGCAUAACGAAUCACAAAGCCAGUGAGUUGCUGGGGUCUGAUCCAAAUUAUGAAUGGUUUUUCAAGCAAAGGUGAAAGAGGCAGUGAGACUCAGCUGCUCGAUCAAUUCUUAACUGGUUGAUUCUGGAGAGGUAUGUCUCUUAAACUUUACUUUCUAAUUGGCGUUUGAUGUGAUAAGAUGGACUUUAAUCAUGCUGAGAUGAAGAACGUUCCAUUAUGUUCAUGCUAGUAAAUUAGCAAUGUAGAUCGUAGAGCAUUUAGACUUUGCUUAAUCGGAUCAAAUUGAACUGGACGUGGUUUGAUAUCCAGUCCUACAUUUUUAA